CCGCCCCGCGGCCGCCCCGCCCGGCAGGGCCGAGCGCUCGGCGCCGCGCCCGCCCUUUCCCUUCCCUUUCCCUUCCCUUCCCCUUCCCUGCCCGCCGCCGGGCCCGGGCGGUCCCGCAGCAGCAGCGCCGGCGGGAGCGGGAGCAGCGGCCGCGGAGCCCCCGCAGGAGUCAGGCUGAAGAAUAAUGAAUUAAAGUGACUGACAUCAUGACAGCCGUAAGACAGAGGAGGGUUGGAAAAGGCACAGAAGCAGCGGAAGAUCAGCCUUCAGAGGAGACAAAUGUGAAGCCUGAUGGGAAAAUUCCAUCUGAUCAUACAGGUGGAAAGCUAUGGAACAUACUCUCAGUAACUGUUGGUGGAAUUGUUGCCAUCUCUCUUGGACUUCUUACUUCUGUUUAUGUUGCUACCCUGCAUGAAAAUGACCUGUGGUUUUCCAAUAUUAAGGAAGUGGAAAGAGAAAUUUCAUUCAGGACUGAAUGUGGACUUUAUUAUUCCUACUACAAACAGAUGAUUCAGGCUGCUUCCAUACAGCAAGGUAUUGUAAACUGUAAACAAUACCUAGAGCCUGUUUAUUUUUAUAUCUACACUUUGUUUGGACUUCAGGCAGUUUAUGUCAUUGCUCUGUAUGUAACAAGCUGGCUUCUUAGUGGAACAUGGCUUUCAGGGUUGUUGGCAGCUUGCUGGUAUAUUACAAACAGAGUAGAUACCACAAGGGUAGAAUUCACCAUUCCUUUAAGAGAGAACUGGGCACUACCGUUCUUUGCUGUUCAGAUAGCAGCCAUCACAUACCUACUCAGAACUCAUUUACAGCCUGUUCAAGAAAGACUAACACUUAUGGCUGUAUUCAUAGCAACGUUUCUCUUUAGCCUGACUUGGCAAUUUAACCAGUUCAUGAUGCUGAUACAAGCAUUGGCAUUAUUCAUACUGGACUGCUUGGACAUGCUGCCCACAGCAAAGGUUACGUGGCUCUAUAUCAUUCAGAUUUCUGGAUUACUGCUCGUCUGUGUCCUACAGUUCUUUAAUUCUAUGAUUCUUGGAUCAUUACUUAUAAGUUUUAAUGCUUCUGUCUUGAUAGCAAGAACAAUCCAGAAAAAUCUAAAAACAGGUGGCUUGCUUAAUAGGCUUGGGAAACUUAUCCUGCAUGUUCUGUUAGUCUUGUGCUUGACUCUCCUGAUAAAUAAAUUCAUCAAGAAAAUUCUUAAUCUUGAGUCAGAUGAACAUAUAUUCAAAUUUCUGAAAGCAAAAUUUGGAUUUGGAGCAACAAGAGAUUUUGAUGCCAACCUGUAUCUCUGUGAAGAAGCUUUUGGUUUAUUACCAUUAAACACCUUCUCAAGGCUCUCGGAUACGUUACUUUUUUACGUUUACGUAUUUGUUCUCUUCCUUAUGGCAGUGGCAGCUGUAAUUGUUGCCUUUAGGAACCUCAGUGGUUCAAACCAAGUCAAGUUAAUGAAAAAGAUGGAAGAGUGCACAAUAACACUGAAGCCUGAUGCUGCUUACAGCUUAGUUCACACAGUUCUUUUUGGAUGUCUGGCAUUAAGCACAAUGAGAAUGAAGUACCUCUGGACAUCCCACAUGUGUGUGUUUGCAUCCUUUGGCCUGUGCAGCACAGAAGUUUGGAAACUUAUCCUGAAGUGUGUCCAUCUCUACACAUCCCAGAGGGCACAGGUGCUUAAAUAUUCUAUACCAAUAAUUACAUUACUGUACAUUUCAUAUAAGUUCUGGCCAGGAAUAAUGGAUGAACUAUCAGAGCUGAGAGAAUUCUAUGACCCAGACACUGUGGAGCUGAUGAACUGGAUUAAGUCAAACACUCCAAACACAGCAGUGUUUGCUGGGAGCAUGCAGCUAUUAGCAGGAGUCAAACUGUGCACUGGACGGACCUUAACUAACCAUCCCCAUUAUGAGGAUAAGAAUCUGAGGGAGAGAACAAAGCAGAUUUAUCAGAUCUAUGCCAAGCGAUCUCCUGAGGACGUGCACGGAAUCCUGCGGUCCUUUGGCACGGACUACGUGAUCCUGGAGGACAGCAUUUGUUAUGAGAGGAGGCACAGCAGAGGCUGCCGCUUACGGGACCUGCUUGAUGUAGCCAAUGGCCAUAUCAUGGAUGGUUUGGGAGAGAACGCACCCGAUUUGAAACCUGCGUUGUAUCCUCGCUUCUGUGAGGAAAUUAAGAAAAACCUUCCUUCUUACACCACACACUUCACCAGAGUGUUUCAAAACAAAACAUUCCAUGUUUACAAACUUGCCAAGCAUAAAUAACAUUUCCAACCAUGGCUUCAAGGUCAGUAUUUUACUGCUAGGACCCACAUUAGGCAUUGCAGAUGAAGUUUACAAACAGGUUAUGUUUUUAAGAACGUUUUACGUUGAUGGUUUCUUGUUUAAUUACUGUGAUUUUUUUUUUUUAAGACAGAUUAGUUUUGAUAACAUUCCUGAUGUUGGCAAAUUUUUCAUAGAUUCAUAAAUAAAUGCUAGCAGGGACCAUUUCAGUUAUGAAUUCUGACCCUUGGAAUACUUAGGAUAUAAUUGUUUUCCAGUUUGAACUGAUUGGAAGACAAAGGCAGCAGUGUGUGGGAGCACUGCCCAGUGCCAGCCUGUGAAUCUGCUCAGCAGUUGAGAUUUUUACUCUAAAAUAAUAAAAAUUUAGUGAAAGCAGCCUAUGCUACUCCUUUUGUGAGUAGGCAUUAUCUUUGUGAAUCCUGAAAAUGGUCACAAUAGGAAGUUUUGUCUCACAGUCUGAUCCUCUUUGACAGAUCCUUUUGCUCUUUCAGUGCCUCCUUUUUGAAUUCUUUGGGAAUGUGUGCAGAUAUGAGUUUCGAAGCUUGAGUGUGUGAUUGCAGAAUCAGUGAGUGCAGAUUCAGCAAACAAGUUUGAAGAGUAAAACUUUAAUCCUUGUCCAGCAUUUUUAGUGAUCAGAGACAUACUGUUUUAUAACAUUAAGUGUUAAAUGAUGGACUGUUACCUAUUUCUAGUGAGACUAAAGGCUGGAGCAUGCUUGAUACAUGUUGCAUGUUUGUAUCCUUCUAAAGUUCUCAGAACAAACAAAAACCCAAAUUUCUCAGUUUGCAUUCUCACACCACUAUUUUCUGUAUAUACUUUCUGAACUCCAGGGGAUCCUUUUUCUCCCCAUGAGAAUCCUAGUAGGAUAUCAAAAUUGAACACUGCCAACCUUACAAAAGAAAAACUCAUCCCUAAAUCAGCAGGAAAAUUCGGUAUUUAAGAUAUGUUCAGCUACUGGAGCUUUGCUUUAUGUUAUUUCAGACACUAAGCUCUAUAUUUUAGCACAAAAUCAUUGUGUCCUUGCUCUUUAUCCUAAAACAGAGACUACAGGUAUUUUAAAAUACUUGGAAGGUUAAGUGAAGCCAGGCCUCUAUGCUGAGAAUUUUGUGAUUUGUUUGUACCUGUUGUCUUUUUACCAGCCAGAACUUUGUGAACUGUACUGAAUUUCUAAAUGCUAUGGAGGGACAUGGCUUUUGCUGUGUUUUAGCACUUCUUUGGUUUUAGAUUGAAAUUAGAGAUUAAAUCUGGAAGUCUCACAGUGCUCUCCAUCUUAAGAGAUCCACCAGGAUCAUUUGUUUCUUGUGAAGAACACAACUGUAAUAAUCAAGUGCCUCUAGGCCCAGGUUGAAUUAACAUUUGAACACCUAUAAGAGUGUUUGUGGCCUUGCAAAUAACUCAGUUAUAGUAAUUACCACUGCAAUUAAUUUCUAAUGAUGGGAAACUGAAAGUGCUACAGAUAGCAAACUCCACAUUUAAUUUAAUCAAGAUGUGUAAUGAGAUUAGCUUUCACAACUGAGCUGGGUUCCAAUUCCAAGUGAUUUAAGUGUUUUUCCUUUUCAGUUGUACCAAGGUAAAUUAGCAGAGAGAUGGAGAUGGUUAUGUCAUAUGCUCAAACAAUUUUAUAUUCAGUAAAUACUCAUUAAACAAUGUUCAACAUCUUCCUGCAUUUCUGGCUGACACAAAAGGCGAGUGUGCUGUAGUCAGGGUGUGUUAAAUCACACACUGACAGGAGCUGGGUUGUUAAACUCAGCAGCUGAAACUCCUGAGUAAUUCCUAGCCUGUAUCCCUUAAUGAGGUUGGAGACCACCGCAGUUUAACAUAAUACAAUAAUAAAACAUUUUAAUCAGUAUUAAAACUUUAAUUAGGCCUGUAAUGAUGCAUGGCUGUUCUUGCUGCAAGCCCGGGUCAGUGAAUCCCUCAAUGAGUGCCUUCAGUAAUUGAAAACAAGCACAGGAAAGGUAAAGUAUGUCUGGGCUGUGCUGGCUUGUUCUAAAAUGGUUCUUUCUGGAACGGUGCAGUAACUUUCCUCUGAUGGAGGUGAGGGACUCCCAGGCCCAGUGGUACCCUGUGCUUUUCAGAAUUUACUUACAGGUAAUAACUGAGAUUAAGAAGUCCUGACUGUAACAAUAAUUAUUUUUAAACAGACUUGGUUCAAAAAUGCCAUCUCUUAAUAUUGCCAAAGGAGAAAUUUAACCUUUUCACAGAAACUACCAAGUGCACAUUGGUUUGGUUUUUAAACAGAAAGACCUAUUUUCAGAAAGGUUUAACACUAAGGGAUAUUCCAGAGACAGUAGUGCAGCAUUCAGACACCAACCUCCCUAAAACAGUAAAUCCAAGAAUGCCAAGGAACAAAAGCACUUACCAGAGCUCAGAGGAGCAGAAGGACACCAACCCAGCCCUGGAGGAGAGGGAACAGCUCCUCUCUGCCCCUGUGUAAGGCUGACUGGGAAGGCAGGGCCAGCUGGAGUCAGGGCUGGGGGGAGAGGGGCUGCACCUCCCAUUGCCACAGGUGGGUGGUGUUUUAAUUGAUAAUUAUUUUAUCUACUUCCUGUGUCUUGCUGUGAUCUCCAUUCACUGCAUUAAAAAUGUGCAGUUUUUGUUAAAAUAACUCUCAUAUUCUUGAACGACAUCACCCUGAUGCACCUUAUUUCCAAGUGGUUGCCCUACAUCACUGUCCCAGUCAAUUAGGGAUGAUCCACCCCCAGGAACAACCCUCCUGGCAGUGCAUGUACCAAGUCUUACUAGCAGUGGGAACAGCAGGGACAUGACAUGUGUGUUCUUGGUGUCCUCGAGGACUUUCAAGCUGCACAUUAUCAGUGGGACUGUGGUAUGAAUUACUUUUUUUAGAUUGCAGAGAUGAAAUGUUAUCAAGGAGCCAGAAUGUUUUUAGGAGAGGAAAGCCUUUGAGAUCCAUGUGUAUUUUCAUUUCUUGUUUCAGUGUUCUGCUGGUGAGAUCUAACAUAGUUAUUUUAUAAUAUGUUGUUGUAAAGAGAUGUAAUGACUAUUGUAUACUAAAUAAAUUGUGUAAUUUGAAAAUCA